AUGAAGCUGCUACGCGCGCUGGGGCGCCACGUCGGUUGCCCCCCCCAGAUUCACAGAUCCAGGCGAACAAUAAACAAAAGGAUCAGUGUCCACCUAGGGAAUAAUUAUGUUUACCUCUCAACAGUGCGCGAAUUGGUGAAAGGGGAAGAAGCGAGAGAGGGAGGACUCGGUGAGCCUCACGGGGUUACCCUCAUGGGUGGUAGCAAUGGGAAUCCUCUUGUGAAUCACCCCCCGAGGGGCUUCAAAUCGAGAAAGGUGUCUCUUCAUCCCACUUCUCAUUCACAGCAUGGCAUGUCCACCGAGACAGAAGCAGUGAACAAUAAGAUAGAACUCCUCAUGCGAAGAAACACACAGGGAACCAUAGACGAUAAGGUGUUUCAAAUUCUGUCCAUAAUUAACGAACACCCGAAAAACAAAAACGUGUACAUAAAUAAAAAAAUUUUAAUUGCCUUCCACACAUUGUUAAUAAAAAAAAAAUACCAUUUGAGAAUUUCCAAGGGAAGCAUAUGCAACGACCUUCACCCAACUAUCUUUCAUUACAUGCACCACAAUGCGAGUCUACACUUAAAGCAUUAUCACUUAAGUAACGUGAGCGAGUUGCUUCGUGGUGUGUCUAAGUACAUGCACAAGGUGAAUCCAAGUGAAAGCACUAAAGAGCUAAUUCAAAAUAUUUUUUAUUUUCACUUUUUUUCCCACUUUAAUUAUUUUUAUUAUCUUCGAAGAAGGGGGAGUAGUUUCGCUUCCUUUGUUGGGGACCAUGAACGGGGUCCAUUCGGCAAGAAGUGUGGCCGCAUGUACGAAAGGGCGGAGGUUCCGGGAGGGCACAAAAAAGGUGAGGAAUUUUCCAAUAAGGGUAUUAACAAUGAGGAUUAUUGCCACCCCGGGGAGGCAAACCCUUCUGACAGAACAGAACUCCAGUUGGGGACUUCUCCAAAUGGAAGACUCACCGAAUGUCUUCUAAAGCGAAGUAGCCCAUGUGGUGAUGCUAGUGAAAGAGACCAGGUCACCUUUGGUCACCUCAACAGUUACGUUGUUUUUUUGAGCAACCACCCGAUGUACGCCUCAGAGAAGGUUCUACACACCAUUUCGUUACUCGCGAACAAGGUUACCCAAGUAGACCUAAGCGCCAAAUUGGCUCUCUCCUUUUUGUCCUCAAGCAUGAACAUAUUUGAUAAGCAGAAGGGGAACAGGCGGAAGUUCCUCCUGCACAGAAAAGUCAACUACGACAUAUUGUACGCUAUUAUAAGGGUGUGGAACGAGCAAGUGGGGGGGCCUCCUCAGGAAAAAUCUCUCUCCGGGGAAAAAUCUCUCUGUCGGGGGGAGCGCAACACGGAUCAGCCGCCAAGUACCCACAUGGACGAAGCAAAGAAAAGCGCGGCUCCACCAUUUGUGCCAAAUGUAUGGGAGUACUCACAUAUAAUUAAUGUGUUGAAAAUUUUAAAGGUGAAAAAUUUCCUUUCUCCAAAAUUUUCCUUUUCGGAGGACGCGGAACGGUGUCUAGUACACCUCUUCAACAGCGCCAUGAGUCUCUUAAGCAGGUUCACUCAUGGUACCCCUUCCGACAUGAUGGGGAAGGAAAAAUGUGACUCUCAUUGGAGUACUACCCCCACACAGAACGAGCUCAACAGCAUUGCCACCAUCUACGUACACACGGCAGUUCUCCUUAGUGAAGUAAAAAAUGGCUGCACCCUCCGUUCGUCUCUUAUGAACAUACUGAAUAGCUGCCACACGAUUGUACUUACGUACUACCCCAUGCUACACGAAAACAUGAUCAUCAAUCUGGUCAAGGGGAUAUACUACCAGAUGGUAGCAUACGCGGAUAUGAGUUGCUUUAAAAGUUCUUUUUAUGAAAUGGAGGACGUAGAGGAGGGGGGAAAUUAUCCCCCAUGUGUUAAGUCACACGCAAGGGAAGGAGAAGAACUACUCAACGUGCCUCCUCAAGGUUUAUUACACCUCCUUGGGGAGGUAACCAAAUGUCUGGUGUUUCCAAGCAGAGAAGAAAAAAAGCUACCCACGAACAAACUUAUAAUAGUGUUGAGUUACCUGCAUAAAAUAAACAAAAUUUGCUUUCCCUUCACCAACAAGGACAUGUUGAAGGGGUGCAUUUUAAAAUUAUUGCAGUGGAUUGAAAAGCAAAUUAAAAGAGAAGAAGCAAAUGUGUCAAAUCACCACUUAUUAAUAUUGAUCAACGUAGAGUUAUCUCAUCGAGGUGGUCAACUGAAUGUCCCUCUCUUGCAUGCAUGCCUUAGGCGCCUGGAGGAGGGAACUUCCAACCUCUUUGAGAAUGAAGCGGAGAUCAUUUUGUUCCUUUACUUUUUGAAGAGGUUUCGCGAGGCGACCAAGGUGUGGGGCGGCUGUACAGAGAGUGAAGACCAUGGUCCACACGAUGAAACGUUCCUCUUUUGCAAAGAAGCUGCUAGCCAGAGCAGUUUAGAGGAGGUCGACAAAAUGGUCACCCGGUUGGGAGAUAAAGUUACUCGCGUAGUUUUCUUCCCUAAGGAAGGCACAAAAAUGAAUCCAUCCAGCUUGGUCAACUCGGUCAACUGGUGUAAGCAGACACCCCUCACAAACGGCCCCCACAAAAUGUACGCCCUGAGGGUGUACUUCCUUGCAUACGAACACAUGUCUCCAACCUACCCACAUGAGAAACUUGUAAAGGAUGCUAUACUGAACGAGUUAACACGACUCAUGGAGUUUCAAAAGGGGAAGCUAACCGAGGAAGAUUUCUUUUCCAUUAUGUCAUCCCUUCUGAGGCAUAAAGUUUUCGACCAUAGUGCUUACUUUCUAUAUGACUCUUUUUUGCGUUCACGCCGGGGUCUCAUCCAAAUGAAGUAUGUCUUCUUGGUGUUGAAGAGGAUUCUUGAAGAAACUUCUGGGGGAAACUUAAACAGUAUAUAUACGCGCGCUUCUCCUCCACCCCAAGCUGGUGUAGACUCCCCACUGCUAUCCAUUAUAGCCACAUCAAGCGAUCUCAUCCUGCAUGAUAAUCAGUACCGUGAGAAUUUCACUUUUUUCAAGGAGAUCUUGCAUGUGUAUUUGGAUGCGUACUUAUACUUUGGAGAAAUCACCUCCCAAUUUAAUCUCUUUCUGCUGGCCCACUUCAACAAGUUUGUUUGUACAAUGGACAGGUUAAGUGAACAUGAGAUCGCUACACUGGUUUACCACAUGGCUAGCUUUUACUACACAAUUAAUAAGUUUUCACGCGAUGGGUUAUGUGUACGCGGGAUAGAAACCGACUUAAGUAGCGAUAAGGUUGCAAAUGAGUGGGGGGGAAAAAAAGAACAAAUAAAAAUUGGGGCCGACUUCAUCAGCUUGUCAUCACAGCGCCUAUUACUUACUCCUCCCCACAACGAUGCGAAGACGGAUGGUGUCUCCCAUGUGAACAGUCAAAGGGGGACUGUUCUCCACUCGGGGGAGGACAAAAUGAUCAGCUAUAACGAGCAGGACGUGGGCAAUAAACUGCUCCAGCAGCUUAACCGCCUCCUGGACGCAUUAUACACUCAGGAAAUAAAACGUAGGAAAUGCAAUAACGACAUGAAAUUAUCACUCAGUAAUAUUAUUCAAGUAUUUGUUUGUUUGAAAAAUGCCAAGCUACAACACAGGGACUUGAUGCAAGUACUAUCAGCAAGGUGCGUCUCGAGCAUCUUUUCCCAACAAGGGACGAUAAAGCUAGAGUUGCAAAUUCGCUUCUUUAACAGUGUGGUGUUUUUGGACUACCUCAAUGCCGUGGAUGAGGAAUUUUUCCGCUUGGAGCGUUGCCACCUACGUGAAGCCCACAACACCUGCAUACAACCGAGACACAUUUUAUAUGCGCACUUCCAGCAACUGCCCAGACAAGCUAUAUAUACAGCAAACAUGUCGACGUACCUUUUAAACUUCGUGUCCAUCCUGGAUUAUUUACCCCUGGAACAUCAGAGAAGAGGUAGCCAGAAGGCCGCAUUUUGGGUUUGUGAACUCCUUCGAAUGUUUUUUCCUAAUGAAGUUGGAUGUUCCACUAAGAAUAUUUCUACACAGGGUAGUAAAAUGUAUGGGUGCUACUCUUCCCCCCCAACCAAUCUUGACAAGCGAAACGUCUUUUUGCUCCUGACCCUCUUGCACCUGGGUAAAUACUCUCAUGUGAACAUUUCCACAUUUCCCCUGAAGUUCUUGCAGCUGUUUUACAGCCAUAUCAUUUUGAGCGAAUUUGCUCACCUGGGUGUGAAUUCAACAGUGCGGUCCUCCUCCACCCAUCAGAGCAUUUACAAAUAUUUGGAGACUUAUUUGCGGAAGGAAUUUCCCUAUUACGAUAUUCGCAACGAAGAGGAGGUGCUCCUGUUCAAAGUGGACUUGGUCAUCCUGCCGAGGCAGCACAGUGAUGUGUCUGCAUGCGUGUGUUGA